GUCAUAGGUCGGUGGGUUGGUAUGACUACACUUCCGUCUUCUGUACAUUGACCACCUUGGACCAUUCUCAUUACUGCUGCACGGUGAGACGAUACUUGUACUCGCCCGGUUGACCUCUACUGCAUAAAUACGAAUCCUCGACACCGAACAGCGGCGUCAGCAUCACCGCCUUCUCUUCCCAACUCCCAGUCACUCACUGGGACGUUUCGGCAAGAUGACCAUGCUCAAGGAUCCCUCGCAAAAAUACCGCAAAUUCAAGCCCCUCCACCUCCCCAACCGCCAAUGGCCCUCCAAGACCCUCGACAAAGUGCCGCGAUGGCUAGCCACCGACCUGCGCGACGGCAAUCAGUCCCUCCCGGACCCCAUGGACGGCGAGGGCAAGUGGCGCUACUUCCAAAUGCUCGUGCAGCUGGGCUACAAAGAGAUUGAGAUUUCAUACCCCUCCUCCGGCGCCACGGACUUUGACUUCACCAAGAAGCUCGUCUCCACCCCCGGCGCGGUCCCCAGCGAUGUCUGGCUGCAGGUCCUCUCGCCUUGUCGGCGCGAGCUGAUCCGGACGACGGUCGACAGUCUGCGCGGUGCGAAGAAGGCGAUUCUGCAUUUGUACGUUGCGACGAGUCCGUGCUUUCAGCAGGUCGUGUUCGGCAUGACCAACGAGCAACAAAUCGCCCUGGCCGUCGACUGCACUCGCUACGCGCGCAGCAUCACCAAGGACGAUCCGAAUUCCGGCGUGGAGCAGUGGGCGUACGAGUUCUCGCCGGAGACGUUUAGCGAUUCCGACAAGGACUUUGUCAUUCAGAUUUGCGAGGCCGUCAAGGCGGCGUGGGAGCCGAGUGUGGACAACCCGAUCAUCUUCAAUCUGCCGGCGACGGUGGAGAUGAGCACGCCGAAUGUCUACGCCGACCAGAUUGAGUACUUUUGCACAAACAUGACCGAGCGAGAGAAGAUUUGCGUGUCGCUGCAUCCGCAUAAUGACCGUGGAUGUGCGGUCGCGGCGGCGGAGUUGGCGCAGAUGGCGGGUGCGGAUCGAGUGGAGGGCACGCUGUUUGGGAACGGAGAGCGGACGGGGAAUGUCGAUCUCGUCACUCUGGCUUUGAACCUCUACACCCAGGGCAUUCAUCCCGGUAUUGACUUCAGCGACAUCAACAGCGUCAUUGACAUUGUGGAGACGAGCAACAAGAUCCCCGUACACCAGCGAGCUCCCUACGGUGGCGAACUGGUCUGCUGCGCAUUCUCUGGUUCCCACCAGGACGCCAUCAAGAAGGGCUUCUCGGCGCGAGAAGCGGCGGGACUCAGCAAGACCGAUCCAUGGAUCAUGCCAUAUCUCCCUCUCGACCCGCGGGAUAUUGGCAGAAACUACGAAGCCAUCAUCCGAGUCAACAGCCAGUCGGGCAAGGGCGGUGUGGCCUGGAUGAUCAAGCGCACUCUCGAACUCGACCUCCCGCGCGGCCUUCAAAUCGUCUUCUCCAAGAUUGUCCAAAAGCACACCGACAUGCUGGGCCGCGAACUGCAGGCAGCCGAGAUCAAAGCCCUCUUCCUCGACACCUACCAUCUCGAAAAGAACCCCCGCUUCCACCUCGUCGACUACGAAAUCAACGCCGACCGUACCACCUCGCCCGCCCCGGCCGCAGAAGCAGGCCGCACCGCCUCCUCGCGCAACCUGCGCCGAAGAUUCAAGGGCGUCAUCGAAAUCGACGGCAACGAGUACACGAUUGAAGGCAUCGGCAACGGCGCCCUCUCCUCCCUCGCCAACGCCCUCAAGAGCCUCGGCAUCGACCUGGACGUCGCGGAUUACAAGGAACACUCCAUCGGCGCCGGCCGCGAGACGAAGGCCGCGACGUACAUAGAAUGCACGGCGGCGAAUUCGAAUCUCAAGGUCUGGGGCGUCGGCAUCCAUCAGGAUGUGGUGCAGGCUUCGCUCAUUGCAUUGCUCAGCGCCGCUAGCUCGUUCCUCGAUUCCCGCUCUGCUUCCCCCGUGCCCUUCCGGCCUAAGAAGUCGACGGCCGCGGAUCAGCAUCUGGUCCCGACUGCCGAGGCCGGCCCGAGUCGCAUUGAGCCUUUGCGCCGCCAGGUGCUGGCGGAGAAUGAGCCGGCUAGUGGGGCGGAUGUGCAGGGUAGUCAGGUUGUUGCCAGGUUGGAGGAGGCGGCGGAGAAGGGGGAGGCGAAUGGGCAUGCUAAGUGAGGGUGUGGCAAGGCUGCGAGAGUGCGAGGAUUGGCAUGAUGGACAUGAUUGGGGGUUGGGAAAAGGGGUUUGGCGAUGUGUAAUGUGCUUUACAUGAAGAAGAGCUGAGAUUGGUCAGUUCUGGUGUUAAAGCGAUUGAUCCGUGAUUCGGUUUGCUAGAUGUGCAGCCGUGUGUAGAGCAAUCACCCUAAUUUAGAGUUUGGGGGUGCACGGACGUGCUGGACUUUCGAGGUGAAUGAGUUUCG